CCUGAAUAGGGGUGCCCGCCAUACACCGAGAUGCCUCCAGCACAGCUUAUCCACUGAGAACCCAGCAAGUGGUGGAUCUGAAGCAAUGUACAACCAACCACCACUUCUGAAGAAAACGGACGUGGACAAGCACGAUCCUCACGCCCACUGCCAACAUACUCAUUCAAUUACAAUGCAAGGCCGACCAGUAGGACUUGGAGUAUCAAGCAAGAUACCGGCACAUAUGCUGAGGGCGAGGAUCAAGUACUGGUGAAGCCAGUGCAUGGUAAUACCAUUGCUCUUCCACACCACAUCCAGAGGUAUACCUGAUCAUCAAAACAGGGUAUUCUCCAAUUCAAUUGCGACAAGAUCCAAGCAAGGCCAGUGGUCACGUACACUGUGAAGCAGGGCGCAAGUGGAUCAAGUCGAAUGAAACCAAAGGGGACGCCAAAUAUGAAAAGGUGUCACACCUCGCUAGACCGACACUUGACACAGGGUCUCAACGUAGCACUAUUCAAUGCAGCACAUACAAGCCCAGCACGAAAGGACAAUCACACUGUCAGGGCCACACCAGGCAGGUGGCUCUCUCCUGACCUCUCCGUGACCACCGUUUUUGAUGAGCAUUAGCUCCUCCAUGGCAAUCGAUGAUGAGCCACAAGAAAUAUUGGUGAACAAAACGAAUGAUGCUAUCAGGUACGCUGAACAACUCGCGAGCUCGCUGUAUCAAGACAAAAGGCUAUCGAUGCGAGAUCCGACUACCUCAGCCGGAUCGCUGCGAGAUUAUAGCCUCGGACCGGGUUCUAUUUUGUUUCCUGUUUACCAAGACCCAAUGAUACAGGCCCAUAUCGACCAGCUCCAUGAAGCGGUAGGAUCUAUUCCAAAUAUGAGAUUUGGUUCAACGUUAUCACAUUGCAGAUGGAAACGCGGGGGGUCUAGGACGUGUUCCUGUCCCAGCUGCGACAGGAGGGCCAAGUCCACCUGAUCCACCUGACGACGAUGACGAUGGAGACGAGGACGACGAAGAAGAACCAUCCGAUGAUGAUGAUGAUGAUCGCCGUCGUGGCAGAACGUCAUCACGAAGAAGAAGAUCGAGAGAUCGCAGAGAUCAUGACAGUGGUCGACCAAGGAUAUCACGGAAGGAAGCCCAGAAGGUCAACGUGCCUCCAUGGCCGAAGAUCACGAAGCUGGACAACUGGAAGAUGGCGCUCACACCAGCGCCUCAGCGGACCCUGGUUUUGAAUUAUGGAUGUCAUGGGUGGGAUGUACUUUCGUGGUGAAUCCUGAUCUUGAGCUUCUAGCCGAUUCGGGAGGAGAGCGAUUUGCGAUGAUGGAUAUCAAACUGGCACUUUCGCUCCAGACGAUGCUCAGGAGUGCACCAGACGAUACCAUUGAACAUCUGAUCAGACUGGAAUACCCAGGGAACAAAAACAUGUCCGUGUUCCGCAACAAAUGGUAUGACACCUUGCUCAACCUGAGAAAGGAGGAUACACCCAGAGAGAUUACGCUCCGGGACAUCCUGUAUUGAAGGAGAAGUCAGUCAAGAACCUGCUGAGCGGCAACAAGAAUGCGGCACCGGCAGAAAAGGAAAAGGCAAAGGGAAAAGGAAAAGGAAAAA